AGGAGUGCUUACACUUUGGUUCUACAUAAUCAUGGAGAAAAAUUAUACUCUGUGCUCAAGCAGGUUGUUACAGAUCAUCUUACAGAAAAGGUGAGGUAUCUUCUUCCUGUUAUAGAAAAAAAUAGGGUUGUUAUUUUUUUUCUGGCUGAGCCUGUAGAAAUGGCAAGAAAUGAAUUUCUCUCACACUGAAUAUAAUAUUUUAUUAGUGCUGUUGCAUUGUCAUGUGGCAGACAAAUGGGAUUCAGUUUGUGACAACGUGUUGUAUUUUGGUAUUUUUCUCUUUGGUCAUGUUUUCUCCUUUUUGCUUUACUCUUUUAAGAUUCGCAAAGAUGUUGUGGCUUCACUCAAUAACAAUUUCUUGGAUACAUUGAAUGCUGCUUGGAAUGAUCACCAGACAUCUAUUGUGAUGAUCAGAGAUAUUCUUAUGUACAUGGUAGGUCAAUGCUUUAAACAAAAUACUGCCUACGAUGUCUUUUGUCCACUCUGCAGUGGUAUGGAAACUUUAUUUUAAAGGUUUCAUUUAUCUUUUUUUCUCAUGAUAAUCAUGAUCAACCGCAUGCAGCCUGCAGGUCAUCCUCCUCAGGCAAUAGUCUUCAUUGAUCGAGUGAGGGUAUUAUUACCAACAUGGUAUUUUACUCUUUCUCUAAUAAUGCCAAUUAUGCUUUGGCUCAGAACCCACCAACCAUGAGUGAGGUUCGUGACACACCACUCACUAACAACCACCUAAGGGACUAUAGUGAUGACAAACGAUAAACGAAACCCUUUGUACACAUAUCACAAAUAACUAUUAUCUUUUAUGACAAACUUUAUUUUGCUUUCUUUCUGUAAAGCAUAUAAGACGGCCAGGGACUGGUCAAUUACAUAAUAUUUAGAUUUAGCCAGGGCUAAAAGCGAGGCUCCCAUUAAUAAAUUUAUAAUUUAAAUCAAACAAUAAACUUGUAUUCCACAAUUCAGUUAACUGUAGAGCACAUUCAUGUGACUUUUCAGGGAAAGGCUAAGUGAUUUUAGAGAAAAAAAAUUUGCAAACAGCUCAAGAGUGAACCAAAUCUUACAUCGAGUUGAUAGCCUCAUAUGUACACCCAAAAACUGGCAAUCAUCUUCCAUCACAUUUAUUUAGAGCCAUAACGGCUCUUGAUCACCGUAGGUUAAUUAGGCCUGGAAAAAAAUUCCGGCCGAAUUAUUUGCGUUCGACAAGUUUACUUUACAAAAUCUUGCCAACAAAUCUGGGUGCGUGUAAACCGACCUUUUAUAUCAUUUAUACAUCACAUCUGAAGUGAAACAGUACUAUGAGGCACUGCUUUUAUCAUACAGACCUCGGACAACAGAAUGCAGUAUUUCACAAUUUUGCAAUACAAAUUGCUAUCAUUCAAUAUUCAGGACGAUCGAAGCACGCUGGGCUUUAGCUAAACCGUUAAAAAAGAUUUCCAAAAUCACCUAUACGGCCAGCCGGUUCUGACUUUUGCAGUGCUAGCUGUGGCGAGUGUUUGAAUGAACAUUAACAGACUUACGCUCCAACAUAAUAAAUAAUUUAUUAUGUUUAUUUUUUAUUUUAAAAUGGUUUAACGCGCGGCAUUUUGAGUACUCUGGGAAGCGUUGUUCACUGAACGACUGAAAACAAUCGGCACAGCAAUUAAAAUUACAAGAGAGACUACUAAUAAUCAAUAAAAGAAAUAUAAUUCGGUGAAACAUAUACAGAGACGACAAUUUUCAUUCAGGAAGACAAGUAUCAAAGUGUCUCUAAAAAUCCUGAGUCUUCGAGCUUAAAGCUGCAUGAAGUUUAUGUUUUAAGCCGGCUUCCCGAUGUUUGCUUUUUUCAAAGACGAACUCGAGGCAAGAAAAUCGCUCAAAGCUUUCUUUUACAGCCACAAUUAUAACUAAAUAUUCUUUGCAACGUGUUCUUUCUAUUUACGGUGAGAAAAUGUCUAAAGGCUUUUUAAAGAUCUGUAAGCUUAUAACAAACCUGAUACUCGGUCAGAUCAUUGUCUCAAAUCUUACAAACGUGCGUAAACAAAAUAGCCGCAUAAACGCUCGACUUCAUUAAAUUAGAAAUAAGAAACAAACAUCAAAUACAAUAAUUACUCAGGCUUACCACUCGAGAUGCAGCUCCUGAAAGGUAUCAAGUAAGGCCAGUAUCGCUUCAGACUUUGCAACCCUCUUACGUAUUAAGCAAGGUGAAAACGAAAACGAUGCCAUCCGAAAUCGGAUUUUCGACUUUGACAAGUGACGUAUUUCUCAACCAAAAACCCCAGGGACCGCGGAGGGGGAGGGGCUGGUAGGGCCGCGGCCCCACCACUUUUUUGCGCCCCCGCCCCCACUUUUUGCGCUAAAGGAAAAAUAAUUAAGUUAAAAAAAAAAAAUUGAAAUAAGUUUUUUUUCCGUCUAUAUUCCGCUAUAUUCUCUGUAUUUUCUUUAAUUUCAAACGCCAGGCAUUUUGUGGGGCUCCUGUGCUUUUCGCAGUAAUUGUGCCCUGGGGCCGACUUGCCCCAGCCAUGCCUUGGCCACCCCUUCGCUUCGUUCGGCAGCGUGUUUUGUACUUCUAGCUCCGGCAGAGUUUUUUAUCAGUUUUAUCAGAUGAGAUAAGAAAAUUACUAGCUUUUCCAAGCCAAACGAAGGUGAGUAGUUGUUUUGAGUUGAUAAAAGUUUUAUACUUUUUCUUUCUCCUUUCGAAUCAAUAAAAUUUUCGAUGGCAAGAAGAAUUACAUUACUUGAACAGUGAACGGCCACAGUUAGAAAUUUUUCAGAUCACGUCAGUGUAGUAUUUUCUAUACUAAAAUUGUAAUCCCUUCUUUUCUUGCAUUGAAUCUGAACUGACCUUGUAUGUUGGUCGUUUAUUAGAGUUAUCUGGGACUUCGUCAAAGUCUGUAAGCUCUGCAGAAAAGACGACAACUACUUGCAGUGAAAAUGAUGAGUUUGAGUUUAACCAGUAAACAUACAAAUACUAUGAUUUUAUUCCUUUUAUUCCUUUUUUCGAUUUUCAAUAUGAAAAAAAUAUUUUCAAUUGUCAGCCCUCCCACUUUUCACCUUGCUCCGCGGUCCCUGAAACCCAAUAAACAAACUAGCCAUGAAUAACAGAAGGCUCCUGAUAGCAGCUGAGUUUCAUUUUGUACAUCCAGUGGAAAAAAGACAGUUCAAAACAUCACAAGUUGACACAAAACUCCGUCAGCUUCAGCUGUCAAAGUAAACAAGAUUCAAGAUGCUGCAUAAAUUUUCCGCAUGAACUCACCUGUCGAAUUUUGACCAAUCAGAGCAUAAAAAUUGGACGUAGAGCGUGACCAACGCGUGACCAUGGUGAGAAAAGUCAAAAGCAACUGUCUUCCCUGCCUGUAGCAGCUGGCUGAAUUUUCGCGUCCGAGGUCAGUUUGAAAUCAAAAUUUUAAUUGUGAGGCACAUAAACACAACAUAUUUCAUAUGAAUUUAAAAAAAAAUUAAACUUGAGCCUGCGAUCAUUUGGAAACCAGUACCUUGUCAGCGGAUAACUUCAAAAAAAUACUUGACCUCGACGGGUAGACACCUGAGCCCGCGAUACGGUCAAGUGAUACUGGUUAGCGGAUACCUUGUUUUGACAGCUGUCAAUUGAUCACAACAUUGAUGUCCAAUAUGUGUAUCAGUUUUCCUGUGCUCCGAUCCCAAACUAGGUAGAAAGUAUGAGAUUGAACAUUGAUCGCGAUCUAGUAAAACAAUUAACUGGUCAGCGGACAGCUUCUAAAUAAAUCACGUCAGUGAAUUGACACAUGAGCCCGCGAUAUGGUCAUGGGAUACUGGUUAGUGGCUAUCCUGUUUUGACAGCUGUUAAUUGACCAUAUUGCGAAUGUCCAAUGUAAAAGAUGUGGACUUGCCUAGACACGCCUGUGACACCCCUCCCUUCCUUUUGAUAGUCUCCCCUACCCUUUACCCCACCCGUACAAUCCGUAGACGCGUAGGUACGCUCGGUCAAUCACGUGACAACCAAACGAAAAGAGGUUGACCAUAUUCUAUGAGUAUGGGGCUCUGUGAAGCGCGCGUGGGAGCCCCGCUACUAAAAAUAGCUGUACCAUGUUAAAGUACUCAGGGCUGUACUCUAGCAGCACCUGUUGCAUGGCCACUGGCAACUUACUCUUGCCUAACUAGAAACUCUCAGUUUUCACAUUGAUCUCAUGCUGUGCACCCUAAAUAUCAUGGUUUCAGAACACUGGGCUCCAUAUAAUUUGUCUUAGAUUACAGCCUUGAAAUGCUGAAGUACUCUAAUUUGAAUGGUGACACCAUAGGAGGGUUGUUGUUAGAAUUUUGAAUAGAUGAGUGCCCAGCGGGCACGAGAUUCUAGGGGAGUUCGGGGGCAUGCCCUCCCAGGAAAAUGUUUGACAUUGUGAAAGCCCAAAGAUGCAAUUUGGUGAAUUCUGGGAGGCAUUAAAGAGAGAAAUUAAUACCUUAACUCCAACGGCAUUCUGAAAACUUGGCAAAUCGUUUGAAUUCUGAUAAUCAGCCCUUGCUCACUGGAUAGAACGCUUGAUUUUGCUUUCAAUUUUCAAGUGAGGACGAGUGAGUUGCUAACAUGAGCAAGAUCAAUAUUUAAUUUUGACUUACUCAGCUACUACUCAUCCUCACUCUCAAGACCUGAGCCGCUGUCUGAAUCACCAAGAAAGUCCAGGCUAAAAGCAUCUUUCUCUGCAUCAAGUUCGGAAAUCUCUUCAGCUUCUGCAGCUGUUGUCAAUUCCUCAUUCUGAGUACCAGUAGAUUGAACUUCCUGAUCCACCAUAGUAACUGCUUGCACUUUUUCACUUGCACCCUGGGAUCAGCUUUGACUUGGGAUGUGAGUGGGUGAUUUCCUUCACCUCUUCACGGUAAGCCAGGUCCUGACUGAACUGGUGGGCCAUUCAAUGUAAUCUGCAUAAGAGCAUCCAGGAGAUCGCUGUUAAGCCCGCUCCUAAAUCUUGUCUUUAAUCUCUUCAAGGCACUAGCACCUCAUUCUGGUCAAGCAUUGGUGACUGGAGCAGAAAUUGAAAUCUCUACCAAAGUAACUAAUUUAGGGGAAAAGUGGCCAAAUUCUGACUUCAUUCGAAGGAGUCUCUUUAAAGUUUAUUUGCAUCACCGAAAGCUCUGGCAUGUGGGACUUCCAUUUCAAGAAGUCAAACUUGACCUUGUUCCAUUCAGAAAACAGCUCUUCAGUUUCUUGCUCUUUGCAUCAUCUGUCUUGAUAAUAGUGAUUUGCAAGCACUCUUAGAGAAGCGAUCCCAUGGCCGCACUGUCUCGGGAUUGAAGACAUGAAAACAUGAAACCGUUGUUCUAUGUUUUGCUUCAAUGCAGUGAUGUAUUUCUCAUUCAGGGUUAAAAUAACCCUCUAAUCCUGGUCACUGAGGGUCAAGCCAACACGGCCGAGUCUCCCGCCUUCAUGCAAAUCCUGCUCUAGAUCAUCUAAGAACUGGUGUGAACUCUUCAACGAUGUCAGCUGAGUCUAAGUGUAGUCAAGGGCAGGUUUGACUCGUCCAAAGUUUAGAUGACUUGACUGAAAUGUCUUGCUAAGUUAAUUUAAGAUUGGCAAAACUUUAGUGAGCAUGUAAAUUGCCCCAAUAAACUUGGAAGUCCGGGCUUUCUUAUAAUGAUCUAAAGCUAAAGGAUCGUUCCCAAGAAACUUCAGGGGCACCCAACGAGAAUAUAGUUAAAAACCACUUAAACAUAGCAUUGUUAAACGUAUUUUAGUAUUUAAACGGUAGAUAUAGGCAUGUUUUUAUCCCCUUAAAAGUUUACGCCUGUUCGGAUUUCCUAGCUAAAGUCUAGUGAUCCGAAAAUUAUAGGGAUCAAAACUGACCUUUUCGAAAAUUUUAGCCAAGAAAAGACUCCCGAAUAUUCUAGGGGACCUUUUUAGGGUAAAAAUCCGUUAAAAACGGGCAAUUAUACCAAUUUUUGGAUGCUCGAAAAUCCUAGGAGAGGCAGGGAAGCAAGAAAUUCCGUUAGGGUGGUUUCAACAUCUUUGAUGUAAUUUAUCUGAUCUCCAUUGUCUCCACACGCCAGAGCCAGUUAGUGGCAUAUACAGUGAAAAUUGACAAUAGACUGGUUGAGGCGCUUAAGACGGGCAGCUACACCAUUUCCCUCCCCCACCAUUACAUUUGCCCCAUCACCUACCCAUAAUCACUAAAGAUUCUCUACGAACAACACGCAUUUCUCUAUUACUUCCACAAGCUUCUUCGUUACAGCAUCAGCUGUUACUUCUUGGGGAUCACACACAGGUUCGAUUGCAAGAAAUUCAGUUUUUGCAGUACUCUGACAAUGAUCAAAGUGCUUCACAGACACAACAGACGGGUACGCCCCCCAAAUUGUUUUUGUCUUGUAGCUUUAGUUUACAGAACAGCCGUUUUACGGAAAUUAUUCGACAUUAGAUUCUCAUACAAACUCUGUAAUUUCUUACACGUUUACCUAUUCGUCAAGAUGGCGCCGAAAACCGUGACAAGGUCUAUUAAUUGCUCAACAACAGAAAUAUCGCAAGCCUCGUCCGCUAAGAUACUGAAAGCGUUGCCCUUUUUUGCACUUGCAGACAGAAGUUCCCUGCUUGUUUGGUCAAUGGUAAAAAACAUCCCCUAAUACUGGGGCUGACCCUGUUUUCAAAGUACUUGAGUACCUUCACACCAAGGAAUUUUGUCAACUCAGUCAGCGGUAAUAGUUCCUCAUUUGAUAUUUCUUGCCUAGCGAGCCAAUAAAUAGCUGUGAUAGUUUUAUCUAUAACUGGCUGACGGGUUUCACGCUCUGGCUUUUCUUUCAAUUGCUCAUGAAAACAUUAAAUCCGCUGAAGCAACUCGGCCUUAACGGCAUUUUUACGUUGCUCAGUCCACAGGCAGACCACCCUCUGUUAGUGGGUGCCGUUGUUGAUUGAAAUCUGAGCAACGAUCUUUUGUUAUUUAUAGAAGAAAUGCAUAUGAACAAUACGGUGGCUAUAAUUUGUUCCAAAAUGCAGAAUUUAAAGCAAAUUUUUCGAUAAACGUUUGAAGAAAAUGUUAACUGGAGACAUGUGUCAUGUUUUUUUUCGCCAUCCCAUGCUGUUUUAAGCGUUAUUUUGCGAGAUGAAUAUUUGACCUCGGCGGUUCGAACUAAAGAAGGAGACAAGGCAGGCAGCAAUCAGCCGCCGGUGCGUGACCCAGUCCAAUUUACGCUGGAACUGACGCCAAACUAUUUAAUUUCUUACCUCGAAAAUACCNUGCCGUUGUUGAUUGAAAUCUGAGCAACGAUCUUUUGUUAUUUAUAGAAGAAAUGCAUAUGAACAAUACGGUGGCUAUAAUUUGUUCCAAAAUGCAGAAUUUAAAGCAAAUUUUUCGAUAAACGUUUGAAGAAAAUGUUAACUGGAGACAUGUGUCAUGUUUUUUUUCGCCAUCCCAUGCUGUUUUAAGCGUUAUUUUGCGAGAUGAAUAUUUGACCUCGGCGGUUCGAACUAAAGAAGGAGACAAGGCAGGCAGCAAUCAGCCGCCGGUGCGUGACCCAGUCCAAUUUACGCUGGAACUGACGCCAAACUAUUUAAUUUCUUACCUCGAAAAUACCGGAUCCCGAUCCGCUAGAUAUGUAUCCAGCCCCAUCUGAAUGAGAGCUCAAUCCUUCCAAAAUUUCUCAAGAAGAGCGAUCCUGAAGUUGCAAGACCAGCUUUCUCAACAUUACCGGUGCAAAAAUCUCAACCAAAGGCAUUUGAAGUAUGCGCGUCGAUUCAAAUCCACCAAUCAGCGUAUCGCGACCGUUGGCAGUUCAAACCAGAACCCUGCCCCGCACAGGGAUGUUUGUUUGGUCGCGAUACGCCACUUUGCGUAGUCCACGGGCACCCAACGUCAAUUUUCGAAAAUAGCUGUGCAAAUAACGAUUUGAGAUGUAGAAUUUUCGGAACAUUUGUUGUAAAAUUUCUUGCUUGCCUGCCUCUCCUAGGAUUUUCGACCAUCUAAAAAAUGGUAUAAUUGCCCAUUUUUAACGGAUUUUUACCUUGAAAAGGUCACCUAGAUCCCCAUAAUUUUCGGAUCACUAGACUUUCAGCUAGGAAAUCCGAACAGAUGAAAAAUUUUUAGGGGAUAAAAAUAUGCCCAUAUCUACCGUUUAAAUACUUAAGUACGUUUAACAGUGCUAUGUUUAAGUGGUUUUGAACUAUAUUCUCGUUGGGUGCCCCUGGUAGUCUAACCGAGGGCUGCUCGUUUCAAACUUUUGAUUUGUUUCUGGCGUUAAUAGAAUAAUUCUUACGGCAUAAUAAACGGUACAUACCAUAAUUCUCCUGGUAGCAAAACCACCAGAGACCUGUUGCAGCAUCGUAAGAAAGAGUUCGGUCAGCUAACCAAGAGUGACUGAGGUGCAUUUCCCAUAAUAAAGGAAAAUAUCGCUGAAAACAGUGCUUAUGUCCUCACGUCCUUUCUCCAAGGAGAUGGCAUCUUCUUCUUUAGAAGGUAGUUGGGAAGUUGUUGUAGAUGAUGUUGCUUCAGCAUUAACCAUUUCUUCUCUCGUUUUUCUCAGCCGGAAGUAGCAGUGUUUUUUUUUUACAAUUUUUUGGGGGAUUACUGUCUUGAUUGUCGGUAUCCACGGCUAGUAGCGUAUCAUCGGUAUUCGCGGCUUCUAGCGUCGGAAAAAAGCUGUUUAAAGUCCUUUGGUUUGUUAAUUUGCUCUUCUUGGGAGUGAACAUUUUGCAGCUGGAAGCAACGUUGGCUCUUCAAAAUAAACUCAUGUGGCAAUGUAAAAUCCCAUCGCGUCCAAACCUGUCUGUCACGUGCAAUGAUUACAUAACAUGGCUAGAUUUAUUCUUGUAAUGAAUAAAAACAAGACGCUAUGAGCAGGGCGGAUAAAGGUGGGCGGUGAAACGAGCGCGUUCGAGCAAAAAGGUGUGAUGCAGUGGACUGGAACUCUGCUUAGAAAUGUCGCUUGUUUUCGACUUCGGUCAGGGCUUGCGAUAUGAUGUGGUUUGUACAGUAGGCUGCCGCUGUUAUGGCGGCUUUAAUUGUUUUCUUGCACUUUUUCCUCGUUCCUUUGUGCUGGUACGCUGUGUCCGAGAGGCAAAUGUUGCUAUUUUUUGCGGGAGGUUUAGUUGGAGUAAACAUUUCUUUCAAAGGGUUUCUUUUAUUACUUCCAUGACUCUACCACUGAAUUAUAUUUUCGUUCUGCUACUCGCCAAUGUCGAUGUUAUUCCAAAACAAAAACAACUAAGUACUGUCUAAAACACGAAGGAAAAUCUCAUCCAUGGCAAAACUAAAGGACAGCAGAUCGUGUUUCAUUACUAGAUGACGGUAUAAAUGCGUGCAGCUCGUGCAAGGUGAAAUUAUGCUAAUUUCAAUCACCAUCAUCCUUCUUUUUAAUUUUGAAAAAAACAUCUCAGACGUCUUUCUGUUUGUUCGAAACUUCAAAAUUAGUUUUCCCUCAGUUUUUUCUGUUUACCUUGUUUUGCUUUAGAGAGAAAAACGGAGAAAAAACCUUACAACUUACCUCAAUAAAUUUUGUUUACAUGCGGUUGCCGGAUUUGCAACGCACUGCGUAGCGCGUUGCACCCGAGAAGCAAAGUUUGAAGAAGUACAACGCCACUAUAUCAAUAUAUUUCAAUCUAAUGUUUUGUUAUGUUAUAUAAAAUUUAUCCUCCUUUAACAUAUGUAAAAAUUGAGGUUAAGAAGUGUUAAGCUUUUGCAAACGAAACGGCGAACGACGAUUAGGUGAUAUUUAGUGGAAGGAGGAGGUAUUCAACACUUUCAAACAGUAUCCCGUUACUGCGCAUGCACCAAACUUUGAUAUUAUGGACAGGAUGUCGCGAAAUCAAAAGAUGCGAGGAGAGUAAGAGAACCUUGAAAAAUCCGUUUGCAUCGCGCUUGACCGGGUUCAAUAGGACACUAAAACUUCUCAGGAUUACAGAUCAAUGAUAUAUUGUUCCUGUUAAGUUUCGAUUUGGGCAAAAUAUGGAUUUUUUGGCGUUACUUUUAUUGCCGUUGACCGGAGGACCAAAAGAUUGGAAGCACUUUGCUGCCGAUUGAAGGCUUAUUUCUUCUGCUAGCUUCCAUACAAGCUCAGAUAAUUGUGAAAGGAAUACGCAGAAAUGAAACGGCAACAAUAAAGACUGUAAGGAAGAAACCAUAGAGACAUUGAUGUGACUGAGGAGAUCUUGUGGAGGGGAGCAUCGUGAAGCAGGAUGUUUUGCAACGACGCGUUGGUAAACUUUUUUAAAUGAAUCUCCCUAACGGCCGACAAAAUCAAACAAACAGGCGCUACAUGUUUAGAAAAACUAGUGCCAUGAAAUCAUAAUAUAAUUUUUGACUAACCUUUCUGAUGAUUCAUAGCGUUGAGAUUGCAUUUUUAUUUAUGUCUUGCAAACUUUUGAGGCUAGAACGCGAGCAGAUCAGGCAGAUAUUACUAGACUUGGAACAACUGACCUCUGACACGAGUUUCAAAUUAGAAAAUAUGUUUUUAAAGCGAGCCCAACGAGAUUUUCGGGUCGCGAGGCGGCCCAGCUAGCGAUAAUCGCGAUAAGUCUUCGAACCGCGAGCCAAAUUUUUAUAUAAGACGAAAGCCUUCUUUGAAAGUCUAAAAUAUUACUUGAGAAUAUAAACAUUAAAUCUCUGUCGGCGGUGCGGUCCGGAAGGAAAUCUUGUCCAGUCAAUAUGACAGUUCUAUUGUCUUUUGAAGAAAAAACAGAUGACGCUCGCGCGUGCGCAUAAUCGGGACACUGUCCCUUUAAACUCAAAUUUUGGCAUUAUACGAGCAACAAGUUUGACUUAAAGACGUAGAGACACAAACAUAUGAAACUGUUUAUUGAUAUUGUUAUGAAACGAAUUUAUCUGUUUAACAUUGUAGCCUGAAAUUACAGAAAGAAAAUAGGAUUUCCGGUUUGCAAAAAGGAAAAUUUCGCCGGCCUUGAAGCGCACCGGAAGCGCGGAAAGAGCGCUCGUGCCAGUCCUACUCCGCAUCACACAUUAAAUGAAGAGCGGAGCGCUCGUUUCACCGCCCAACCUUUAUCCGCCCUGGCUAUGAGCGUACACGUCAGCGUCGUGGUUGAGGAACUGAUUAAUUGUAAAUGCGGAGGAAUAGUAAGAAAUGGAAUAUAGUGAGAGUAAGGUGUUAAUUGGUGAAAUUAUGGGAUUUGUCAGGAUAUUCUGAAAAGAGCAACAUCCAAGAGCCCUACUUGCCAAAAACUAGCAUUUGGGGGCAAAUUGUCUCUGAGAUAUUAGCCCAGCUAUGCUCUGAUGACUCCAUACAAAUCCUUCUAAAUUUGACUUUGGUCUAAACGUUUAGACCUAAGUCAAAUAUGAGGUUACUGGCGGUGAAUAACAAGUCUAACAAAUCAAACAGUGAAAAAAGAAUUCUGUAUCUUUCUUACAUCAGGCUUCAAAAACAGCAUAACAGUCUCUUGUACUGAUUAAAGAUAUGUAAGUCACAGGUAAGGACUCAAUUACGUUGAGCAUGGAAUUGGCUAAAACUCAAUGUUACGAGUUCGAAUGUUUUGAGGAUAAUUAUUCACUGACUGUCAGCACGCAGGGAUGUCGGAUUAACACAAGGAAGUUUAAUACCACAGACAGAGCUUUAAAACACAACAUCCGCCAACACAAACUUGAAUUGAACUUACGUAACACUUAACAGCCUCUGCCAAUAAUAACAAACUCUCACUUGGACUUCAGAUAUCUUACGGCUUCCGCCAACUUGUAAGUUGUAAGUUGGUUGGUAACUUGAAAAAAAAACUUAGUUCGUCAAAAGAACUCGCUUGGAACUUGUAUACCGUUGACAUAAGGUUCUAGAAAAUACUGAACAGGUGACUAGUAGUAGCUUUUCGACAUAUUUUGACUUCACUAACUGAUGCAAAUCUGCUGACUCAUGCUGAAAUGUAAACAUGUCCUAAUUAAUUAUUCAUGAACAUUCGAGAAAGUUACGCAACGCACGAAAGCAAUUAUACUACGUAACACUCAACAAAGACAAAACGUCUUUGUGCGGCAUUUUUUAACUUUAAACUCAUCAUAAAGCAGUUCGAAAAGAGCGCUCAAUAGUAAAAUGUUUUUCAACACUCGAAGAGACAUUUCGUGUCUCUGCGCGGCCAUGUAAUAUCCUCUAUUUAUUCCUUUAUUCCUUUAUUCCUUUUAUUUAUUCCUUGAUCUCAAGAUAUCACGAAGUACGCCGGUCUCAUUUCGUGAAAUAGCCGAAACAAGCCGAAAAGUCACGAACUUGCGCGCCCAUUCUUGUCCCGAAACUAGUGUAUAAUUUCAUAGCUAUUCUUCAUAUCUCGAACUACCUUGGGUCGCAGUAGCGACCUAAUCCCUCAACUUAGAGUCUCCUCUGAUCUCACGGAUCACACAGGUGAGUCGGUUCAAACCCCGGGAAAGCCAAAAUACUAAUCCUUUCUUCCUCGAAUAAGUUAAAGAAUAAAUCAAAGAAAUCGAAGUGAUCUCGAGACAUCUCGAACUAAUUCGGCUCUCACUUCGUCAAAUAGCCAAAUAAAACCGAAAACCUACAGACUUAGCGUGCCCUAUCUUGUCCCAAAAAUGUCAACUUUGAUACAUUCCUGAGCGUCGCGAAUCCUUUACUUUGCGCUCCGCCGAAGUAAAAAUUCCAAAAUGAAACAAAAAGGUCUCCAAUAUUUUUUGUCUAUUUUGUUUUUACGUACCUCCCACUACAUGUGAAAUAUGGCCAUCCCCCCCCCUUUUUUUUUCGUUUAGCGUCGAAUACGUUUCCUGAUAUUGGGUCGGUCGGUCGGUUGUUCCUGUUUUUCUCUAUGCUGUUACUAUGCUCAUUUUUCAGAUUAGCGCUAGUGCACGUGGAAAACUGAACAUCACCUGGAAAUUUAUUCGGAAUAGCCGGUGAUUUUUUCCGGCUGACGGCUUCUAUCUACAUCCCUGCCAUAGGAUUUAACAAAUUAAUGUUUCUGCAGGCUCACAAGUUAAAAAAAUGUUUUAGGUCUUCUAAUUAGCUUUGAUAGUAAAACUACUACAUGUACUGUAAGAACUGGUCUCCUCACUUUCUUUGGCUUAUUACAAUAUUAUCUAUCUUUUUUUCAGGAUAGAGUGUAUGUUCAACAAAAUGGAGUUGAUAAUGUUUACAACUUAGGCUUAAUCCUGUUCAGGGACUUGGUUAGUUUUUUGUUGAUAUCAUUCCUCGUACCGCACAUGUAG